AUGAAUGAUAGUGGUAUCAAGAGGGAUAGGAGAAUUGCUGAACAGCAAGUUGUGUUGGGUGCAGCAGUGACAUGCAUUGCAAAGGUGCUGAAUAAUAUAAUUUGUCUGGACAACAAGGAAAACAUUGAAAUCCUAAGUGACUCUGGUAGACUACUUUGUGAUUUGGCCCACAACGGCUGCAGGCAGCUCGUCCCAGUGGGCGAAACAAACAAAGAAGAUAAGGCAUGUGGCGAAACCAACAGUUCGGGCGAAGCGGUCGCCCCCGAGGCACUAUCAUUCCCGGCGCCAGAAUCGCCGGUAGAUCAGAUGUCCGCACCCCUUACACAAGAACCUGAGAUUGGUAGCCGCCAAAUUAUCAGGCGCGCGUUUCUGAAUAGGGGGAUGCCAGCUUCUUCAAUUGACAUAAUGCUAGCCUCACUGUCACUUAAGACUACCAAACAAUAUGAAUCCGCUCUUAAACAGUGGAUACUUUUCUGUAAAAGCCAGGGUGUAGAUCCUCUCUCAUAUUCAGUUCAAACUGUAAUUGCUUUUUUGACUUCUAAGUUUCAUGAAGGAUUGUCCUAUAGUACACUCAAUACUAUGAGGUCAGCUAUUUCUCUAAUUCUGGGCCCACAAUUGGGGACAGAUGAACGGAUGACUAGGUUCUUCAAAGGCAUAUUUAAAUUAAGGCCUAAAAAGCCUAAAUAUGAAGUAGUCUGGGACCCUAGUAUUGUUUUAGAUUACUUAUCCAGUUUAUACCCUAAUGAAAGCCUCGGUUUAGAAUUAAUUACCAAAAAGUUGGUUACUCUAAUGGCUCUAGUAACGGCACACAGAAUUCAAACCUUAUCUCUCAUAUGUAUUGACAAUAUUACAAUUAAUGAUAAUAAUGUCACAAUUAAAAUUACAGAAUUAAUAAAAACAUCUGCCCCAGGUAGACCUCAACCUAAUUUAAUAUUACCAUUUUUCAAAGAAAAUUGUAGUAUAUGUCCUGCAACAACUCUUUUAUGUUAUUUAAACUAUACUGCAAAAUUAAGGCAAGAUUGUAAGAAAUUAAUUAUUACAACUAAGAAACCCUUUCAUGCAGCAUCUACAACUUCUAUUAGUAGAUGGAUAAGACAAAUUUUAUCCAGUAGUGGUAUAGACACUGCCAAAUUCACUGCAUAUAGCACAAGACAUGCAUCUACUUCAAAGGCUUCUGAAGGCGGAAUUAAUAUUGAGGUCAUAAGGAAGGCUGCAGGUUGGAGCCAGAGAUCUCUAACUUUUGCCAGGUUUUACAAGAUGCCUAUUGUUGGAGAUCCUAAUGCCUUUGCUAAUUCUGUAUGCUCUAUAAGUAGCUGAUUAACUAUGGUUUUAAUUAUGUAUGUUGAUUUUGUGUUCUAUAUAUACCUAAAUAAUUGUUUAACUAAAUUGUUACCUAUGUGUCCAACAAAGAUUAAGACUGAUUAGUAAUAAACUUAUGAUUAAUGAAUAAGAUUUAUAAAUGUAUGAUUAAUUAAAAAUAUAAGCAUUAAAUAUAUAAUUAUUAAAAUAGUCUCUGGACUAAUAGACAUAAUAGUUAUCUAUUUGCAUCACCCUAUGGGCAACCAUGUAUAUGUAAACUUAUAUAUAUCGUUAUGGGACAACAAAUUAUAAUAAUAUAUAUUUUGUUAUUUAAUAACACAACUUCUUUCUUUAAACAUCUACAAUGUACAAAAUGAGGACGAGAUUAUUUCCUAUAAUUAAAUAGAUCGGACUAACUUACCAAGUGACGUCCGAUCCUCAAUUAUGGGAAGUAAUCUCGUCCUCAUUUCGGUCCCAACCCUAGAUUACAUCCUUCCUUUUCUAUCUAAUAUGGUUGACUAUAGUUCAACUACCCCCCCUUUUUAUAUAUUUUAAGUUGUGUUAAUGCUUUGAAACAAUGACAUUGACAGGUCGUAGAAAGCGCGGUAACAUAACAUAGACUGCAAAUUUUUUGCUUUAUCUUUAAACGAUUGUGGCAGCAAGUAGUUCACAGGUACAAACUACAAUGUACAAAAUGAGGACGAGAUUACUUCCCAUAAUUGAGGAUCGGACGUCACUUGGUAAGUUAGUCCGAUCUAUUUAAUUAUACGUACUUUUAGCUUAUAAUGUUAAUUAUCCUCUUUUUGAUAUUCAAGCAUAGUAAUUUUCCAUUAUCUAAUUAGAAAACUAUAACGCGAACUGCCUAUUGGAAACACUUAUUUUGAAGUACAUAAUCCUUAGAUAUCUGUACAGUCUGGUCAAAUUGCGGAUUUUAGAAGAUUAGCGUAAAUGGAAUUAAAGAAACAAAAGAUAAGAGCUAAUCUUUGUUAGUAACUACCUAUUCUUAUAAAGUUUAUUACUCUUCAAAUAGCAGACAUUCCUUUUGAUUUAUAACAAAGAGAUAAUAACUUUAUGAUCAAUAGUAUUAUGUCAUUUCAAUUUUUAAAAAAUCACGAAAGUUAUAUUGUUGAAAUUUUGACGUCAUAACUCAUAUUAUGCUACGAUAGAUAUCCGGCAAAACAAUCUACACAAUCCAUUCAUAAAAAUCUUUCUGAAUGACAUUUGUAUACAUUGGUCAUUGCGUAUACAAUGAAAAUGUAUAAAUCAAUCAUUUGAUUUAUAAUAUUUUAAAUUUAGAACACAAGUUUGAAUUGUAGGCAACAUUGUUUUUAAGUAUUGCAUUUUAAUUAGCGGUCAACCUUGCGGCGAAUAUAACCACAGAAUUAAACAUUUUAUAUUCAUAGAGAAUAUGCAUUCAUUUUUGGUCGCGGCUUCGCGUGGUACAGGCGAUACUGAAGCUUACUUUACUAAUGUAUCUUUAUAUUACGGAAAGAAAUUAAGAUUUAGUUUAGUACGUCUAGAAAUUAAACACUACAGUAUACAUUAAAUUAAAGCCUUAGUGGCAUCAUACAAUAACCAUAGACAGAUGUAUCAAAACUACAACUACUUGGAUCUCUUUCCGGUCAUGUCGGAUUGCCGUCUCACCGGACAAUGAGAUAGGAACAGAGAGU